GGCCUCCGCGGGAGCUGUGCGCAGGCGUGGACUGGAGGCGGAGCAGCCUCCCCCCCCCGCGCGCUCAGUUCCUAGUAAGUCACAUGACGCGCUGCGCGGACGUCUGAAUGCGCCGCCCUCGACUCGCAGGUGGCUGAGGAGGAGGAGGAGGAGGAGGCGCCCCCGCCCCCCCGACAGCACAGGGCCCAGGCCUCUUGGCUAUGGACAACAAACACUAUCGGCGAGGGAGUUUCCAGAGCAGCACCAGCGAUGAAGACAUGGUGGAGGUGGCAGGGGGGACGCUGGACUUCUCCAUGGUGGACGACGUUCCUCCUCUGGACAGGGAGAUGGCUGAAGGCUUCUCCUCAUACAAUGGAGGUGGGAUGAAUGGUGCAAGCAAGAUGAUGGAUUUUCUGGAAGAGCCGCUCCCUGGCGUGGGGACCUAUGAAGACUUCAACACGAUAGACUGGGUGCGCGAAAAGUCUCGUGACCGUGACCGGCACAGAGAGAUCACCAAUAAAAGCAAAGAGUCUACCUGGGCCCUGAUCCACAGUGUCAGCGAUGCUUUCUCAGGAUGGCUACUAAUGCUGCUAGUAGGCUUGUGGGCAGGUGCACUUGCUGGCUUGAUUGACAUCUCCACCCACUGGAUGACGGACCUGAAGGAAGGGGUGUGCUCGGAGGGCUUUUGGUUCAACCGCGAACAUUGUUGCUGGAAAUCAGACGUGACGUUCGAGGACAGGAACAACUGCUCAGAGUGGAAGACCUGGGCACACCUUCUGACUGUCGAGGGAGAAGGGGCUUUUGCUUACAUCCUCAACUACUUCAUGUACGUCCUCUGGGCACUGCUCUUCUCUCUGCUGGCCGUGCUGCUGGUCAGGGGCUUUGCUCCAUAUGCGUGUGGCUCAGGGAUCCCAGAGAUCAAAACCAUCUUAAGUGGGUUCAUCAUUCGGGGCUACCUGGGCAAGUGGACGCUGCUCAUCAAGACCAUGACGCUGGUGCUGGCCGUUUCCUCGGGCCUGAGUCUAGGCAAGGAGGGGCCCUUAGUGCAUGUGGCCUGCUGCUGCGGGAACAUCCUUUGCCACUUCAUUGCCAAGUACAGGAAGAACGAGGCCAAGCGCCGAGAGGUAUUAUCGGCUGCUGCAGCGGCUGGCGUGUCAGUGGCAUUUGGUGCUCCCAUCGGUGGUGUCCUUUUCAGUCUAGAAGAGGUCAGCUACUACUUCCCCCUCAAGACUUUGUGGCGCUCCUUCUUUGCCGCACUGGUGGCGGCCUUCACUUUGCGCUCCAUCAACCCCUUUGGGAACAGCCGCCUGGUCCUCUUCUACGUGGAGUUCCACACCCAGUGGCAUCUGCUGGAGCUGGUGCCCUUCAUCCUCUUGGGCAUCUUCGGGGGCCUCUGGGGGGCCUUCUUCAUUCGCAGCAAUAUCGCCUGGUGCCGGAGGCGCAAGACCACCAAGCUGGGCAAGUACCCCGUGGUGGAGGUGCUGGUGGUGACGGCCAUCACAGCCGUCCUGGCCUUCCCCAACGAGUACACCCGCAUGAGCACCAGCGAGCUCAUCUCUGAGCUCUUCAAUGACUGCAGCAUUCUGGACUCCUCCGAGCUCUGCGACUACUACAACGCCAGCAAUCCCAACAGCACCAAGGCUGCGGGCCCAGGAGUCUACAAGGCCAUGUGGAAGCUGGCCCUGGCCCUCCUCCUGAAAGUCUUCAUCACGAUAUUCACGUUUGGCAUGAAGGUGCCUUCAGGACUCUUCAUUCCUAGCAUGGCUGUUGGGGCCAUCGUCGGCCGGCUGCUGGGGGUAGGGAUGGAGCAGCUAGCUUUCCACCACACUGAAUGGGGUAUUUUCAAGCACUGGUGCAGCCCAGGGGCCGACUGCAUCACUCCCGGCCUCUAUGCAAUGGUCGGGGCUGCAGCCUGCCUAGGAGGCGUGACUCGCAUGACCGUAUCUCUCGUGGUCAUCAUGUUUGAACUCACGGGGGGGCUGGAGUACAUCGUGCCCCUGAUGGCUGCUGCCAUGACCAGCAAGUGGGUAGCAGACGCCAUUGGCCGGGAGGGCAUCUAUGAUGCCCACAUCCGCCUGAAUGGAUACCCUUUCCUGGAGGCCAAGGAGGAGUUUUCGCACAAGACGCUGGCCAUGGACGUCAUGAGGCCGCGGCGCAGCGACCCCCCCUUGACAGUCCUCACACAGGACAGCAUGACGGUUGAGGAUGUGGAGGCCAUUAUCAACGAGACUACCUACAGCGGCUACCCAGUUGUGGUGUCCAGGGAGUCCCAGCGUCUUGUCGGGUUCGUCCUCCGGCGAGACCUCAUCAUCUCCAUCGCUCCCAAUUUUUCUUCCCCAAGAAAAUGCCCGGAAGAAGCAAGAUGGAAUUGUGAGCAGCUCCAUUAUUUAUUUCACCGACCACUCCCCACCGCUGCCUCCCAGUUCCCCAUCUGCACUCAAACUCCGGAGCAUCCUGGACCUCAGUCCUUUCACUGUGACGGAUCAAACGCCCAUGGAGAUUGUGGUGGACAUUUUCCGCAAACUUGGGCUUCGCCAGUGCCUGGUUACGCACAACGGGAAGCUUCUGGGGAUCAUUACCAAAAAGGACGUAUUAAAGCACAUCGCACAGAUGGCAAACCAGGAUCCAAACUCCAUUUUGUUCAAUUGAACAUGGGGGAGGGGUGCUUCUCAUCCCUCCUGCCAAGGAACUUUAUUCUACGGACUCCUAAAGUGUUGCUUCUCGUUUUCACUGAGAACCCGGAGCUGUCUUCAGAGUUUUUUUUUCCUGUAUGGAGCUAACGAUAAUCAUGUUUUAUUUUUUCUACAAGAUAACCAAUUGCACUAUAUAAUCUGUGGAAAUUUAAUCUUAGGAGAAAAGACUUUAUGAUAUAAUCCUCUUUGAAGUGGCAUUGGGAAAGGAAAGUCCUUGAGGGAGUAAAAGAAACAUUGAGAACCGAAUAAACCUCCUGCUUUAUUUAAUUUAA